AACCUCCUGCCCGUCUCAAAUGAUUCAAAAGCUACACGACGCUCAGUUGGCAGCCGAUGCUCCACGCAGAGCCCUUCUGAUGCCUUCUCCAAGCCAUUGUAGUCUUGGUCUUCAAUGCUAGCAGGAAUCUACAGGAGCAAAUCCCCAAAUCAGAAAACCAGAUCAGCAAAUCCCCAAAAUCCUUAAAUCAGAAACCCUAACCCUAACUCACCCUAGCUCUACCACUGACCUGAUAAUGCAUACCGUCUUCGGAGGAGGAGAUCUGCAGGUUGGACAAGUCAUCGCUGCUCUCAUCCUCGAAGACCAUGGCGCGGCGGCGAUGGCGGACGCGGCGGUCUGCGCGGUGAGUGGCGGUGGAUUGGAGCGACGAGGGCGAUGGGGCGAGGAGAGGGACAGAGUGCGGUUGGCUCCGGUCCGACGAGCCCCGACCCAGCUACAUGGUGCGAACGAGCCGGGCUGGAACGAGUGACCGAGCGGGUAGGCCACCGUGGCACCUGACACUUGGGCCGGUCGGUCAGAUACGUGGUCAAUACGGGCUUAUACGACUGUCAGACCGUUUCGCAACACUUAGGCUCUGAGCUGGUACUGAACUGCAAAAAAAAUGACUGAUGGUACUGAUUCGUCACGACGUGCCGAAGUGUGGUAGUUCCUUGCAAUUAACUAUGUUGUUUAGUUUGUAGCUAUGUGCCGUUGGUUGAUGCUUGGGAGUUUGGCGCUCCAGCGUAAACAACGUAAGCACAGGCUGCACAACACAGCGUAACGGUAGUGGAAGGAAGCGAUGUGCUUUAGGCGGGUAUCCCAUUUGUCUCUCCGUGGAUGUAGGAUGUAGUAUUAUCGCUUAUCCCACAUACUCGUCUAAAACACGAUUUGCCCUUUUAUUUAUUGCUCCACACAAAGGAAUCCCCUCCUCACGCUGCUCUUGCUCGCCACCUGCCCGUGAGCACUGGGCCUGCGCCGCCACGAUUUUCCCUUUUUAUUUAUUCCUCCACAUUCCCCUCACGCUGCUCUUGCUCGCCACCUGCCCGUGAGCACUGGGCCUGCGCCGCCACUCUCUGCGCACUCCCGAGACGCUGCCGCUGCCCGCUGCUACGAUGGACUGGGAAGAAGCGGCGACUUUGCAGGUGGAGGCCGUAGCGGCGGCGGCGGUUGAUUUGUCGCCGGUGGAGGCCGUAGCGGCGGCGGAGGAGGUUGAGGCGGACACAUCAGUCAACCGCAGCAUCGUCAACAAUCAGAGACUCACUCCUAUUGCAAAGCUUCUCAUUACAUUGGUAGGAGUUGUAAUUGCAUUUCAACCUGCUAGUGCUAUCAAGAUUCCUGAGAGUAUUAAUGGAGUGCCACUUAUUGGGAUGGAAGCGGAUCUAGAGGACUAUGCUAGGUUGGCUCGGGAAGGACGUCGAGUAGCCAAAAUGCGCUCGCCAUUUACCAUGUCAAGGGAAGGUCUGCCUGUGCUUGAAAAUCAGACUGGAGUUGCAAAACCACCGCCGGCCUGGUUAUAUAACAAGAUUGUAAAUGGCCAUGAUCAGGUGGUAUUUCUGAUUAGAAGCGAUAACCUGUAUAUCGGUGGAUACAUAAAUCCCCAAGGAAUUAUCCAUUCAUUCGCCGAAUAUUCAAGUAUGCUCCCCGGAUCCAUUUCUCUAGGAAUCGGUGGAAGUUAUAGAGACCUAGUUGGUCGUAGGUCAAACCUUGCAAACCUUGAUCUAGGCAAAAGGGCAAUGAAGAGAGCUUUGAAGAUUCUUUCUCGGUACAAACAUGGAGUCAGCGACUUCUUUCAGAUGACAACUUCACUGGCAAGGUACUCUGUAGUAUUAUGUGAGGCACAGAGGUUCACGGAGAUUCAUGAAUCUUUACUUGAUAAAUGGAACUCAAGGACUGGAUACUAUAUUCAGCGGCCUAAGGAGCUCUUAGUUAGCUGGGCUUCACUGUCGUGUGGUGUGCUGGAGAAGUGGAAACCCACCCUCAAAUAUGGUAAAACCUAUUAUUAUGAGACAUUGUGGAACUAUGACAAUGUACGGUUCAAACUUAGAACAUCAAAAACAGGAGCUCCAUAUCUCUUGAGACUGCUGAUAAAGGGCAAAAGAUGCCAGGAUAGCAUAAUGGGCUGGGGCCACCGCCCUUAGGUAUGCAGGUGUGGAGAAGGGCAAGAUGGAGUGCAGUGAUGGAGUGCUACCCCUCCUCUGGAUCUGAAGCCUAAUAAGGAAUAAAUAAA